GCCAAAUCAAAAACAUAAACACUCGUCAUUCGCGGGGCUUCAGCGGCGCCAGCAACCUCAAAAGAAAGCACGUGAAAGUGUUUUCGGCCGCAACAAAACCAGUUCCGAUCCCGAUUCUUCCCGCGGAAUAAUGUCUCUCGUGGAAGUGCGAACAACCUCACAAAAGGGCAGAGGUCUGUACGCCACCGCUCCCAUCAAGGAGGGAACCGUUCUGUUUGAAGAAACCCCACUGGUGUCGGCACAGUUUUCGUGGAACUACACCUACGGGUAUCUGGCGUGCGAGUACUGUCUGAAACCGCUGGAGACGGCUGAAACCAACGUGCGCCGGCUGACGAACGACUACAGCAUCAGUUUGCCGUACCGGGAAUGCUGCCCCAUUCAGGAACAACUCGGUGGCCAUACCAAGUGCCCCGACUGCAGGGAAGUCUACUGCAGUGACGAGUGUCUGCAGAACGCCGUUAAAUUGUACCACCGGGCGCUGUGUCUGGGUGCGGAAAAGGGCAAUGCGGAACACCCGACGAAUGCGUUGGUCGAGUUUUGGAAAAAAACGCACUACCCUCCGGAAACGUCCAGCAUCCAGUUGGUAGUGAAAAUCAUUGGCAUGUUCAAGCAGAGCGAUGACCUAGCCGCAUUGCGCGCCAAAUUCGAUGACUUCGUCAGCCAGACCAUGAACGAAGAUUUGAUGAUCUUCCACAAAAUGUUAGGCGAAAAUUUUUCCCAGCAAAUCGAUGAACUGUACGAAUUGAUCAGCAGGGCUUUCGAUCCCGCAGGGGAAGAGCGUCUGCAGUGGCUCACUUUGAGUGGAUUCCGAUCCUUGCUGGCUUUGAUCGGUACCAACGGUCAGGGCAUUGGAACCAGCUCAUUCGCGGAUUGGGUGCGCAACGUGUCGGAACUGGACCUCCCGGAUAAUCAACGGGAGUCCGUGGAUAUUCUGAUCGACAAUCUGUACAACAAGUUGGACGAGGUUGUAGGGAGCUUCCUGAACAACGAAGGAUCGGCUUUGUACAGCUACCAGAGUAAGGUCAAUCACAGUUGUGCGCCAAACGUCGAGUGCCGGUUCCCGAAUUCGAACAACGUGCUGGCAUUGACGGCCACCCGGGACAUCAAGGUAGGUGAAGAAAUUUGCAUUUCUUAUUUGGAUGAGUGUGCUCUGGAACGAUCGCGCCAUUCGCGGCAAAAAAUGCUCAGCGAAAACUACCUGUUCCAGUGUCAGUGUGAAAAGUGCGAAAACCAGAUCAACGAUCCGGAUGAGACUUCCGAGGACGAGGACGACGAGGACGAAGACGAAGACAAUGACAUGGACGAUGACUCCGACUAGUGGAUACUGGGAAAAGAAAAUAUACUUUCAUACACACUAA